UAGAGUGCAAUGAGCUAUGCCUUGCGGUGCAUGAUUUUUCUUAUAUCGCCGUUUGUCCUACCACCUAUAAAUAUACUUGAAAGGACUACGAUCUUCACACUUCAUUUUUAAUCAAGAAAGCUAAAACAUCUAACUCAAACCAAAAUGAAGAUUAUCAUUUUGUGCACCCUUCUGGCCGUGGUUGCCGCUCAGGAAGCCACCUAUAACAACAGAUACGACAACAUCGAUGUGGAAGAAAUCCUGAAGUCGGAUCGUCUCUUCAAGAACUAUUUCAAUUGCCUGAUGGACGCCGGCCCAUGCACUCCGGAAGGAACUGAUCUGAAGAAGUACUUGCCCGACGCUCUGGAAACCGGAUGCACCAAGUGUACAGAGAAGCAGCGUGAUACCGGAAAUAAGGUCAUCGCUUGGUUGAUCGAGAACCGUCCAAUGGAGUGGACCAUGCUGAAGAACAAGUACGACCCGGAGAACAAGCUGACCGAGCGAUACCGUGAACUGGCUGCCAAAGCCGGCAUUGCUCUGUGAGAUGUGUCAUUAAUUAAUAUUUUAAUGCUGCCACUCAAAUUAUGUACCGUAA